GUAGGGAGGGAGGGGAGAGCGGGUCACGACGCUGUCGGGGCGGGGAUAACCCCUCACGUGGAGCAGAUGAAAGGGCCGCGGCGCGACGGCCGGGGGAGCCGAGCCGAGCCUGCGACCCACAAAGCCGCCGCCGCCGCCGCCGCGAUGGGGCUGUGAGGCGCCCGCCUGCCCUCGGUCCCUCCGCCGGCCCGCGACUAUGCCCGGCCGCGCCCGCCCUCCGCGCCCUCCCGCCGCCGCCGCAGGACCAUGAGGCCGCGCUCGGGCGGGCGCCCAGGGGCCCCGGGCCGCCGCCGCCGCCGCCUCCUCCGCCGCCGCCCCCGCGGCCCCCGCGGCCCCCGCCUGCCGCCGCCGCCGCCGCUGCCGCUGCUGCUCGGGCUGCUGCUGGCGGCCGCGGGGCCCGGCGCGGCGCGGGCCAAGGAGACGGCGUUCGUGGAGGUGGUGCUGUUCGAGUCGAGCCCGAGCGGCGACUACACCACCUACACCACCGGCCUCACGGGCCGCUUCUCGCGGGCCGGGGCCACGCUCAGCGCGGAGGGCGAGAUCGUGCAGAUGCACCCACUGGGCCUGUGUAAUAACAAUGACGAGGAGGACCUGUACGAAUACGGCUGGGUGGGAGUGGUGAAGCUGGAACAGCCCGAGUUGGACCCGAAACCAUGCCUCACCGUCCUGGGCAAGGCCAAGCGCGCCGUGCAGCGGGGAGCCACCGCCGUCAUCUUCGACGUGUCUGAAAACCCCGAGGCUAUCGACCAGCUAAACCAGGGCCAGGAAGACCCGCUCAAGAGGCCAGUGGUGUACGUGAAGGGCGCGGACGCCAUCAAGCUGAUGAACAUCGUCAACAAGCAGAAAGUGGCUCGCGCGAGGAUCCAGCACCGGCCCCCUCGACAACCCACGGAGUACUUCGACAUGGGCAUUUUCCUGGCUUUCUUUGUCGUGGUCUCCCUGGUCUGCCUCAUCCUCCUGGUCAAGAUCAAGCUGAAGCAGCGCCGCAGUCAGAACUCCGUGAACAGGCUGGCCGUGCAGGCGCUGGAGAAGAUGGAGACCAGGAAGUUCAACUCCAAGAGCAAGGGGCGCCGGGAGGGGAGCUGCGGAGCCCUGGACACGCUCAGCAGCAGCUCCACGUCCGACUGCGCCAUCUGCCUGGAGAAGUACAUCGACGGAGAGGAGCUGCGGGUCAUCCCCUGCACACACCGCUUCCACCGGAAGUGCGUGGACCCCUGGCUGCUGCAGCACCACACCUGCCCCCACUGCCGGCACAACAUCAUCGAGCAAAAGGGGAACCCCAGCGCCGUGUGCGUGGAGACGGGCAGCCUCGCCCGCAGCCGGCAGCAGCGGGUGAUCCUGCCGGUGCACUACCCCGGCCGCGUGCACAGGACCAACGCCAUCCCGGCCUACCCCACGAGGACGAGCAUGGACUCGCACGGGAACCCCGUCACCCUGCUGACCGUGGACCGGCACGGCGAGCAGGGCCUCUACCCGCCCCAGGCCCCCGCCUACAUCCGCGGCUGCCCGCCCCUCCCCCAGGACCACCCGCUGGCCCCGCACCGCUGCGGCCUGGAGCACCGAGCCUACUCCCCGGCCCACCCCUUCCGCCGGCCCAAGUUCAGCGGCCGCAGCUUCUCCAAGGCAGCUUGCUUCUCCCAGUACGAGACCAUGUACCAGCACUACUACUUCCAGGGCCUCAGCUACCCGGAGCAGGAGGGCCCGGCCCCGCCCGGCCUGGUCCCCCGGGGCCCGGCCCGCGCCUUCGCCCCGGGCGGCGGCGGCAGCGGCCUGCGCUUCCCCCCGCUGGUGCACAUGGCGCCGGCCGCCCACCUGGACAGCGGCAGCGCCUCCAGCUUCAGCUGCUACCACGGCCACCGCUCCGUGUGCAGCGGCUACCUGGCCGACUGCCCGGGCAGCGACAGCAGCAGCAGCUCCUCCGGCCAGUGCCACUGCUCCUCCAGCGACUCGGUGGUGGACUGCACCGAGGUCAGCAACCAGGGCGUGUACGGGAGCUGCUCCACCUUCCGCAGCUCGCUCAGCAGCGACUACGACCCCUUCAUCUACCGCAGCCGGAGCCCCUGCCGCGCCGGCGAGCUGGGGGGCGCGGGCGGCGCGGGCCGGGGGCCCUCCGUGCACCCCGAGGGCUCCCCGCCGCCGCCCGAGGAGCUCCCCGCGGCGGCCCACGGCCACGGCCACGGCGCCGGGCGGGGGGAGCCCUGGCCCGGCCCCGCCUCGCCCUCCGGGGACCAGCUGUCCACCUGCAGCCUGGACAUGAACUACAGCAGCAGCUCCUCCCUGGAGCACAGGGGGCCCAACAGCUCUACCUCAGACGUGGGGCUCGAGGCCCCUGGGGCCGCCCCGGACCCCAGGAGGACCUGGACGGGGAGCCGCGAGGGGCCGCCGUGUGCCUGCUGCCGCGAGCCCCCGCCCUCCGCGCCCUCCGCGCCCUCCGCGCCCUCCGCGCCCGAGCCCGGCGGGGGAGCGGCCGCGGGCAGCACCUUGCUCUUGGGCGCCCCCCUCUGGGAGGGCCGUGGCCCCGCAGGCGUGGAGCCGCCGCCGCCCCCGGGGAGCUCCCAGGGCCCGCACGGCCUCCACCCGGACCACCUGCCCAGGACAGACGGGGCGACACCGGAGGGCCUGCCCUGCUGCUUCUAUGAAGAGACGCAGGUGGCCCGCGGCGGCUGCUACCCCGAGGACUGCUCGGUGAGCGUGCAGUACGCGCUCGCCCAGGAGCCCCCGCCCAGCUGCGCCCCGGGGGCCCGGGACCCGAGCCAGCGCAUCCCCAUCAUUCCAGAGGAUGUGGACUGUGACCUGGGCCCGCCCUCGGACUGCCUCAGCCCCUGGGGCGGGACGCCGGGCCCCAGCCCCCCGCAGCCCCACAGGCGCCCGGGAGCGGCCCGGGAGGAGGAGGGGGUCCUGUGCCGCCAGCCCCGGGCCCCGCCGCCCCCCGCCCGCCCCCCGGACACUCAGGAGCCCAGCGCCACGGCCGCUGAGGCCGCAGGACAGAGAUCUCGGCCCGCAGACAGCGGCAGCACAGGCGCCUGAGCCCGGGAGGCCCUCUGUGGACAUGGGAACUGUACGGAGACUCCAAACUCUUGAUUUCUUCAGAAAAAAAAAGAAAAAUAAUUUUUUUUUUUUAUAGCUCUGACAAACACACAAAAGUGGUAAUAAAGAGAGCCCUCCUCAACCCAAAAUGUGAGCCGCCUGUGGCAAGCCCCCCCCCCUCCCCUCCCAUUAACAAACCGACAGACGAAAUUCUCCGAGUCUUUGCCUCUUUUGAUAACAUGUUACUCUGUUUUGUAAAGUGUGUGUGCUUGGGGUUCCGAGGUGUGUGGGAUUGAGUUCUCGGCUUUUGUUGUUGUUUUUUUUCUUUCUCCUUUUUUUAAAGAUAUUUUAUGUAAAUGUACAAAGUUAUUUAAAUAUAUAUAUUUUAAAGAACCCUAACCGCCAACUUUUGCUGAAAAAAAAAGAAAAAGAAAGGAAUCACUGCUGCAUUAAUGGAACCACAUCGUGUGUAGAUACUGUUGUCUCCUGGAGGGAGCUCAGGCCUUUGAAAAAGCUCAGGGCUACGCCUGCCUUAGAAAACGAACCAGAAACUUGAAGUAAAGCUCGUCGAUAUGGGUACAAACUCUGAGGAACGAUGCAAUGCCGCCUCUUUCUCGUGGCAGAUCCCAUGGGGUGUGUACAGAUCGUCAGGUCUCCGAAGCCAUAGUCCUCCCCCCCCCCUACCCCCCACCCCUCGCCGGCAGCCGCUGGGAGCCGCUGGGAAUGAAUGGGGCAGAAGGCCGGCCACUGCGGAAGCCCCGGGUGCGACAGGGAUGAUUCUGCCCGGUGUCCUCAGUCCGUCCCCUGGAGUCCUCCCGAGGCAGAGGGCAGAGUUCACGGUCAUGAUCUCGGGCUUCCUGCUGCCUUCUGCAGAAACGAUCGGCGGGGCGAGCGGGGACCAACCCCAGGAGGAGCGUAGUUCGCGGCUUUGGUGUCUGGAGGGGCCGGGGACUGAGAGGUGAUGGAGCCGCCUUCCGGGGGCGCCUUCCGGGGGCGCGUGGCCAGGACCCCGUGGGGCUCCCCUAAGCUCUGGACGGCAGGGUUCCCAUCCCAUUUCCCACCGGAAGUGCCGCUUCGGGGUUCUCCGGCCUCUGCUCUUCUCGCCUGCCAAUGUCUACCAUCCUUCCUGCCUAAUGCACUAUGACCUAUUGAUUCUCCGUGAGACAGAGAGAAAGAGACUAUCAGAUAGUUUAGACCCAAAGGGUAGGUCUUUGUAUAUUUUUUCAGCCUUUAGUAGUUGUUUUUUUUUUUUUUUAAAAAAAAAAAAAAAAAAAAGAGGGAGGGAGAGCUUGAAAACCCAACCCGUUUUUGAAAAGAUUGUUUCCAUUAUAAAGGGGAGAGUCUAUUGAAAGCUGUUUCAGAUCAGGGAUUGAUUGUCAUCCUUUUUGUCCGAUGUGUUUCUUAUUCUUUAAAACAAAACUAUUUUUAGGAGAAACCAAUCACGCUCGCCCCGUGUUCACUGACUCUUCAGGUCACUCGGUUGCUCGCUAAUCCAGCCGAUGGUGAAAGAGGUACCCCGGGAGCUGGCCCCUGCAGGUGGGGACAUUGAGGCCAUCCUGGUUGCCAGGAGACCGUGAUGACUCCUCUCCAGUGCUCGGCAGCCCCCGGGGCCAGACCAGAACAUUCUGAACGAGCACCUCACCCUAUCAGAAUCCCUUUUUCUUAACAUCCUCAGCCUGUGAUAAGGGGAUGCUCUCAACUCCAAGCCAGGCUUCCACAGAAGGCCAUGCCAACAUCCAAUGAUCCAGCCAUUUGCCAUUUAGGAACUCACACCCCUCCCCCCCAAUUUGCCAUUUGGUGAGAUUUGUCCUCCAGCCUCUAAGGUGCAGGCCCUCGGGGUGGGGGUGGAGGGGGCGGGGGUUGCUCCCCACAGGCCUGUGCCCAGCACACCUGUUGGCGAGGGUGUGAGAAGCGCCAGAGCUGUUGACAUGUGAUCUGGGCCGCCUUUAUUUCCCGGGCCAGGCCCAGCAGCUGCGGAGGACAACAGCUUGUGCAUUACGUGGUUUGGGGGAGUUGGGUGGGAGGGAUGGUGUGAGGGAGUGACUUUGAACAUGAACUGCAAAGCGUAGCUCCUCGUUGUGGAGAUUUUGUUGUUGUUGUUUGUGGUCUUAUUUGUGUUUCAUGCCUCUGAGUGCGUAUGAUCUUCCUUUUCCUGAAAUCAUACCCCCAGAGUGGCUGAAGCCCCAGCUGG